AUGCGCGUCGAGAUAUGUGAUCUCGACUGCUGCACGACCGGCGAGGAGGUGCGCGCUGCUGUGGUGCGAGCUCUUGGUGACCAGCUAAGGGGGGAGCUGAAGGUCACCAUGCUCGCGCCAAACAGCAGUGAGCAACGCAAGGCAGUGGUGGAUGCCGAGGAGCCGGCUUCCAUCCAGCUGAUCGCGAGAAAUCGCAUCAAGAUCGGCUGGAUAAACUGCCGAGUCAGGCGCUGGGCCGAAGUCCCGAAGUGCUUCAGGUGCUUAGCCUAUGGGCACACGAAGCGGGACUGCAAGGGCCCAGACCGAAGCAAGGCCUGCUGGAGGUGCGGUAAGGACAAUCACAAGUCCAACGACUGCACCUCCCCUCCACGCUGCAUGCUCUGCGCCGAGCUGGGCGUGCAGCAGCUCGAUCACGCACCAGGGUCUGGGGGCUGUAACGCCUUCCGAGACGUCCUCAGUGCCCAGAAGCGCGGGACGCAAUGA